AUCAUGUCAUUCGUCUAAUUGAUAAUCAAAAUAAUAACGUGACCAAAUUUUUUCCCAUCUCUUUCGGCACAUUACCCAUAAAAUUCUGGAAACUCGAUGUCUACCGAGUAUUAAAAUUAGGUAUAGGUACCUACACUUGAGUAUUGAAUGGAAGCAAGCAAACUAUCCAUCGAGAUGCAAAAACCAGUCUAAAGAAAUGAUUGGCGAGUAGUGAUCUUCAGCUGCCCCACAAUAAGUAUACCUUUUAAACUCUAUCCCUACUAUUAAGUUAAUCUUAUCUGAAAAAUUUGAAUCACGUUGAAUUUUUUCUUCUACCUUGUCGGGCAGUCCGACCGGACUACUUGAUUCUUCAAUGAAGUAUAUCGAAUCAAGAAUGAACUUUCACAUGACAUGCCAGUACGUUUUCUUACGUUUUUAUAUGCCCAAUUUUCGCAUAUCGAAUUUUUUUAUGUACAAAAGAAGAAUUCGCGAGUGUAGUGUUUUGAUGUGUUAUUUGGAAAUAAUGAGGUUCGGUUGUUAAAUUGUUCUGAAUUUGUGAAGAUAACAACGUGGGGAAUUAUUUUUCAUUCGCAUGGACUCAUUUCAUUUCUAUCGUUUAAAGAAAGAGCACUUCUGAUGUGAAAUAACUCGCAAAGCGUGUAUCAGGACAGUACUCGGCAAUUACCCAGCGAGAUAUCAAUUUCUUCGGCGAAAAAAAGAUCGGCAAUUCUAUUCGUACGUAAAAUGAAAUCUCCAGGAAAUAAAACUCAAAACAGAAGCCAAACCAAAGGAAAGACGUCACCACCUAUUCGAAUUUCAACAAUCCAGCAAAGUUUUAAUUUGUUCUGCGAGAAAAACCCCACUGACAACACAUCACAAAACAUUCAACAAACUGAGGAAAAGAUACCACCUCCACCACCGGAUCCUCAAUCAACAAUCCCAUCCGCAUCAAUAUGGUUUUCAAAACGAUUUUUCGUCUGUUCUAUGAUGUUCGCAUGCUAUCUAGUGACUGCUAUUACACGAUUCAAUAUCAGUAUCGCUCUAGUUGAUAUGACUUCUGCCAAGGAAUACGAGAUAGGCAACUUGACACAAAUCCAACUUCCAGAAUUCGAUUGGGAUUCCAAGACUGUUGGAUUAAUUCUCAGCAUAUCGUAUUACGGAGGAUUAUUGGCUUGUGUGGGUGGAUACGUGGUGAACAAACUUGGAGGAGCGACUGGCUGUGCGAUAUCCUUGCUGUUUAUUGGCAUAACCACCAUGCUGAAUCCCAUCAGUUUAUAUUAUGGAUUUUACGUGUUUCUAGCAUGUCGAAUACUGACUGGAAUAUGUGAAAGUUUUUUACUAGUAAGCAUACUGGAAGUAAGUUCAAAAUGGAUUCCACAAAAUGAGAGAUCAAAGCUAAUAUCCAUCACGAUCACCGGAUUCAAUGUAGGCGUAGCAAUCGUACACGGUUUAUGCGCAUUUUUGGCCAAUGGAUGGGGCUGGCCAAUGAUAUUCUACGUGACCGGUGCCUUGGCCAUUACCACAUCCAUCAUUUGCUUUAUUCUGGUCAGAAAUCAACCUUCAGAGGACAAGUGGAUCUCUGAAGAGGAGCUCGUGUAUAUACAGCAGAGAACUGCAACUAAUCAAAGAAAACAAGUGGUCCAUCCGUAUAGAAGUAUUAUCACAUCGGCUCCAGUCUGGGCUUUUAUUACAGCUAGGUUCAGUUUAAUGUGGCUUCUCACAAUAAUAAUCACCUGUCUUCCUUUGUACGUCAAAGAUAUAACACAUCAGGACAUCAAUAAAGUUGGGAUUAUUUCCUCCGUUCCUAAUGCAGUCUGCAUUUUUACCAUCACAAUUUCUGGAAUUUUACUCGAUUAUGGGAAGAAAAAGGAUAUUUCUGUGUCGCAGUUGCAUCGGAUUUUAAUCAGCGGUUCGUUUCUAAUCAGUGGCGUGUUAUUCUUGAGCGCUGCGUACUUUGGCAAUUUAAUCGUGUCAUUAAUUUCGUUCGUUUUUACCCAAAUUCUCAUAUCCAUCGUUUCUCUGGUCACACAGAUCAUCAACAUCAGUAUAGCUCCAAAUAGCAACAGCGUUAUUUCUGGACUUGGUACCUUUGCGAUGUCAGUCAGCAGUAUUUUGGCACGAAGCAUUACAGGAUUAAUGCUCGAACAUCGUAGCGUAGAAGAAUGGAAUAAUUGUUUCAUCUUGACGAGCGGUGUAUCACUUCUUGGAGCUAUAAUAUUUGUGAUAUACGGGUCCAGCGAAGCUCAGCCAUGGUCAGUUCCAACGACUGAUACGAGUAAACAAAAGGGUCCGAAUUCAUGCAAUGAGAAUCGAUGUUGAUCAUGGCGACAUUCGAAAAUGAGCACAACUCUCAGAGACCUUGGUGAUUUGAAAUAAGCUGGGAAAAAUCGUAUAUUUUGACGAAUUGUGUCGUUUGCUACUGAAAGAUGAUGAUUUCCUGUACCAAUCCUCAGGUCAAAUAAAAAAAUACUACUAUACAA